AUGACAAUCCAUCAUCAUGGCUCAGCUGAAAGAAAAUCGAUAGAGGACUUCUCGGAUAUUCCACGUGGAGAAGCGUGCAAACAGCUCGUCGAGCAACUGAACAGGAAUUUGUACUCGGUGAACUCCAACCUUCAAGCGAUAUUUAAGCAGAUGGUCCAUGUGGAAACAAGGUACAAACGGCAGUUUAUCAAAUUGAUAAUCUCUAAAAUACUUCAGAAUCGGCCAUGAGAUCUCUUCGUUGUCUUCGUGCCUCCAGGACAACAUGUCGAGGUGCACAACGUCGUACGCCCCACACGAAGAACAGCUCGUCCAGCUGGACACUGCGAAACGGAAUCUGAAGCAGCUGACACGUCUUCUUGAUGUUCGUUCCGUCAUCCCCCGUCAUCCCCCGUCAUCCCGAAUACGAAUUUCUUACAGGCUCGUCAGAUAUUCGAUUCGGAAGACGGUCAAUCCGAGAAGUUGAAAGACCGGCCGAUUGAUGAUUCACUGCUUCCGACUUUGGUGGCAAUUGGAGAGAAUUUGAAAAUCAUAAAGGAGCUCGGCGCAAAACCGAAAUUCGACGCGGAGACGUAUCACAAGACGAAAGACCGGUACUUGACAUGGAAAGGAACCGAAUUCGCUGUGAAGUUUGAUACUCCCGGAGGUCUUGACGACAUUUUUGAAGCUUUCACAACUCUGAACUCGGUCACAGGUAUGUGUCGUCUUUUGCAUCACUGAACUAAGCAUGCGUGGCUUUCAGAUUUCUACCGUCUCUAUCAGCAUCACUUUGAUCAGAGUCUUACUGCUCUUUUGCACAAACAUUCCGGCGUCGACGAGAAGAAAUCAUUAAAAGAAAUUGGAAGUGUAUUCGUUACGAAAGCGGCAGAGCACUUCAGAACACACAUCGGGUAUAACAGUUCGAAUUCAUAUCGUUCACAACUGUAUUACGUUUAGGUCACUGUGCAAGUAUUGUGAUGAGACGGAAGCAUUCUCGCGACUUUUGGACGCGUGGAAGAGCUUCGUGAAGAACGGAUCAGUGGAGACGUUGUUUGGGCAGUCAAUGGACAAUUACAGCAAUUACGAUCUUCUUACUGACCUGAGAGCAGUACGAAUAUCAGAAUGUCUUUAUCGGAAACUAUCGAUUACUUUCAGUUGGUCCUUCUUGUCGGUAAGGCCUACGAGGAAUUCGAUGGAACGGCCGAUGGAUCGGAAGAAGAAGACUCGAUUGAAAAUAUAGAACGGAUUAUUGUGGAUGGGCUGCUUGAAAGUGCAAAGAGACCCUUGGCGGACAAGUUGAAGUCGAUGGUUGAACCACCUCCUCUUAAUUUCGUAAGCGCAGUCAUUUCUCGCAAACCGUCAAUAUCUGAUUUUCAGCGCUCUGUGGCCGAAGUCAUGGCGAGUCUCGAGAACUUCGCAUAUCUUCUUCGGGAAGUGUCGAACCAAUUGCUCGAAAUCUAUUCAGAGGACGGCCAAGAAUACACGAUUUCGAUUCUGAAACCCAUCUUUACGGACUAUUCGAUGCGACUGUGUCGGAUGGAAGAUAAUUCUGGAACAAAAGUCAAACUGGAAGAAUAUCUCGAACGUAUUUCACUAUCCGGGCAGCUGGCAACGAUUGUGGACGAUUACAAGCAACAGACGGAAAUCAAAAAUGGCCAAGAGCUGAAAAAUGCGAAAAAAUGGAUGAAUGACCGAGUGAAGGACGCAAUCAGAGCCAGUCAUCGAUUCGUGACGGAUAAGAUGCCGAAUCACGGAGUGAGUCGCACAGUCGCACGUGCCACUAUUAUUUUAAUGAUUUCAGAGCGAAGUAUACAAUGAAAACGGGGAACUGCCGAAAUCAGCUCUUCCGACUCCUCAGGACUUCGUCGUGACUGCAACCCAAAAUCUUCUGCAUCUUUUGCGGUUCUGGGAAGAAGCCCUUGCCAAUGAGAACACGAAAAUUGCACUUGCGGUGCACGUUUCUGAAAUUAACAAAGGUAUUCCGAGUUGACUCAGAGCAGAUGACUGUUGAUUCAUUCAAUUUCAGAUCUGCUAGAGACACCCGACGACAAUACGAUCUUCGCAGCGAUCCUUGACAAAAUUGCGAGCCACGUCGUCAAGAAGCUUCUUCAGGCAAUUAACGAUGUCUGGCUGACGGAUGGAAAGACAGCGAAACUCUCAAAAGGACUCGUCAAAGAGUUCCUGUGUGACGCCGAAUACCUGCGAGAUGCGCUCGUCGAUUUGAGAGCGGGCACGCACAGCAAUCUGGACUCGACAAUUGAGAAGCUCAGAGAGCAACUGAAAACGAUGAAUUGA